CCCUCAGCGCAUGUACUCUCGGUCGGAAAAGCGCACGACACAGCGAAAGCACAACUUCGCCAAUAGUACCGCCGCCAUGGUUCUCGCCUUUCUGCGCUGUUCUGCGAUUCUCGCUCGACGAAGGUGGACGAAGGCGAAGGUCGUUGCUGGUCGUUGCGCGAUCGACGUGCGUGAGACCGUUCGAUGCGGUGUAUUCCGACGUGAUGAGAUGAGGUGCAGAAUAAAACAAGCUAGAGGACAAGCUCCUUCAGGACAAUGCAGAAAAUAUUCACCAGGAGACACUUGAGGACUCCUUUGAGACUGAUUGCUGUGAUGUUACGUGUUCAGCAUUGUUUUAUGGCAUUGUGGCUUGGUCGAUCACCAACACCAUGCAUAAAAGAAUACAGGCAUUUGAGAUGUGAACCUCUCUACUGUAGAAUAUUAAAAAUACCUUGGACCACCAAUCAAGAGAUAUUGCAGCGACUGAGUAAACAAACAAUGGUUUUAAAAACCAUUAAAAGUUGAAAGUUGGAGUAUUAGGAACAUGUUAUGAGGUAUAAGAAAUAUUUGUUGCUACAAAUCAUAGAAUAGGGAAAGAUCGAAGGGAAACAUGGUCGGGGUAAACAUAAGACGUCAUGGCUUAAAAAUCUAUAAUAAUGAUUCAAGCAUAUAGAGUACAACAUCCUUAUUUAGAAAAGCAGUUGAUAAAGUGCAGCUCAUGCUUUUGAUCGUCGAAAGUUCUAGGUAAUUCUUAUUAACUGAUUUUACUACACUGAGAAAAAGAUACUUAAACAUUUAUUUGUAGAAUAUAAAUUUAUUUUAUUGAUUAAAUCUUUAUUUUUUAAACGUGGCGAAAUAAACUUUUAUUUCUAAUAAAUCAAUCAAUAAGAAAAAAUGUAAUAUAUUUUACAGAAAUGUAUAUUUUGUCAUGACAAUCAAAUUUAUUUAUAAUUAAUAAAUAUCGAAGAAAAUGUCAUAAAUAACAUUUGCUUUGGAAUAGUUGGACUUUUUUUUCUCGGUGUAAGAAUAACAUUUUAUUUCGUAUUCCGUAAAUGAAGAUUUUUUUAGUGAAAUAAAAUAUCUUACAAAUAAAUUUUUACAGAGUCUUUUUCUCAAUGCAGAGAGAAAUGUGCAAGUUCUCAAGUAUCCUUUCUAAAAAUCCUUUUUAAAAAAAAAGAUAUGUAAAGAAUAUAUCAAAAUUAUUGUAAUCGCUUUUCCGCGAUGCCGAUGGUCAAUAGUGUAAUAUUAAAUUUGUAAUUUGUACGAAGUUAUGUAAUAUCAAAAGCUUUGUAGCGCGCGCCUGUUUUGUCCAGUGUGUACCAGAAAAAGCCCCGGGGCCAUAUUCUUGAAAACAUUCGAAUAACUUUCGUAUACGAAAAUAGCUAGUCUAACGAAUGGAAUUAUUUGAUAGUAUUUUUCCAUUGGCUAUUUUGUCGCUUUCGUAUACGAAAGAAAUUCGCAUGUUUUGAAGAAUAGGGCCCCUGUGCUUAAUAUGUUUUUAUAUUCAAAUACACUUCGAUCGCGUGACGCGUAUUGUGAUCCAACGCAACCUAUUCCAUUUUCUCAUCUCGCGGGAACGCGACGGAAAUGGGUCACGAGAACGCGCGCGGCGGUAAUUCAAAAGAGCCGAUCAGCGGCGGCCGAAAGCGGCAGCGGCGAGACGCAGCUGCUUGGACGGUGAACCUGCCACCUGUACGUGUAACUUGUACGUACGUGUGUUAACACCGGUGGGGUACGUGACCCCACCUCCAUCGCGCACCAGGGACUAUCGCUGCCUGCCUACCUAUUCAGGAGAUCAUCUUCCCGAGUAAAAGCCGAGUACUGAACGAGCGUGGGCACAGACAGCAUCAUGCGCUUGGUAGCCAUAAUCAUUUUAGUAGCAGUAGCCUGCCUCAGUCUGGCUAGGUCUCAGAAAUCUGAGGUCUUAGCUAAGGCUCUCGAAAUUGCACCAGCCCCGGUUAAACUCGACAAAAAUCUACGACACGCGCUGUUGAAGGCGCUGACGGAACUAGAGGCUGAAUCCGCGGAGCAGCGAAAGGAUGAAGACGAAAAGUCGCUCAUCAUGACUGUCGAAAAGUCUUUCGAAGAAGUGACCAAGAAGAAUCUGAAUAAGAACAUCGGCGUGCUGAGAACACCGAAGGCCUCCUUCUCGUUCGAUGGUUUUCCGGGAGACGAGGAGAUUCCCAAUGAAGAGAAAUUGCAGAAUUCGAGCUUUCUCGAUUCGAAGAGGUACGCUUCCUCCAGUUCGUCGGGGAUGAUAGAAAAAGCGAGCCAUGACGAUGCCAGAAGCUUCCACGUGCAGAACAUAGUUUUGCCAGAUAAAAGUACAACGCCGAAAAUUGAAACUAAAACGGAUCCACCGGAAACGAAGACUCCGAAAACUUCCGCAAGUACUUCUACGGUCACCAAGGUUGAGAGUAUCACUCUGAAACCGUUUACCCAAUUAUCAGAGAGCUUAACGCAGAGCGCCAGUAACGGAAUUACCAAUACCAAUGGACUGAUUAUACCGAAACCGACUGCAUCUAGUCCGACAGUUCCGCCCAGGAACAACGUCACUUCGUCUUCCACCGCUAAAGAAAGAGCUCCGGCAGAGGAAGUGAAAAUUUUCCAGGCGCCCCUGGUGGCGGCCUUCACGGUGCAACAGGAUGAGCUUGGUGUACCGAAGAGCAUCGUACCGAUUUACAGACAGUCGGGCGAUGGGACAGGACAGGCUUUGACUCUUCAGGAGCAGUUGGAGUUCAAGCAGAAAUUACUGGAGAAGCAAUUGGCGGAGUUGCACCAGCAACAGAUCCAACAGACGCAGUUCCUUGUCAGGCAACGUCAACUUUACGAUCAGCAGUUGAGACAGAAACAUCAGCAGCUGUAUCUUCAGGAACAAGCUAGAAUCAAGCAUUUGGAGGAACAAACUAAAAUCAAACAAUUGGAGGAACAGCGUUUGAAGCAGCUGGAGGAACAGAGGAUCUACCGUUUGCAUCAGCACAAUCACUUUCCACUGCUGCAGAAACCGCACAUUUUUGAACAAUCAAACGUAUUGCCUCUUCAGCCGCCUGUGGAGCCCUCUGUUCAUUUCCAACCGAGCAUUUCCCUGGAGGUUCCCAGUGUUGCGGCGCCGCCGUUAUUCCGCACCAACUAUCAGCAGGAACAGUCACAUUUCUCGCAAUUCCGCCAGCAGCCCCAACCACAGCCUCAACCCCAACCUCAACCCCAGCCUCAACCCCAGCCUCAAGUCCAGCAACAGCAUCAGCAUCAGCAGCGAUUACAACAGAAUUUCGUUUCGUUUCCUACCGACUUCCAGCCACCCGUGUCACCGGCCACUAGAUUUAACAGGCAGGAGGCUUUUAACGCAGUUGGCAAUUUCGGUUUUAACUUGGAUAAUAAGCAGUCGCCUCCGUCGAGGAACACGUUCAAUUUCAACGCGUCACCGAGGAACCCGAAUACAAUACCGAAUACAAUACCGAAUGCAACACCGAAUGCAAUACCGUUCGUUUACAAUCCUUAUCUGCAAUUCAGGCAGAUCCCAACAAGACCGCAAACGCCCGCCAAGCAGAUUCAGCGUUUGAUUUAUCAGUCGGGAGUCGUUGGCGAGUUAGGCAACGUGCAGGGCCCAGGUGACGAGGAUCUCAACAUUGUUUCCAAGGUACUGGCGCUGAACGUUGGCGCGUUGCCCAAGAACUAUCAAUUUAUCACGAAUAAUCGCAGCAAAUUGGGCAGCGCGUGAAUAGACAGACGGACAUAUCGAUGUAAAACUUGGACGAGUCGUGUAAAUCACUACAGGACGAUAUUAGUAAGGUGAAAUCGAGCUCUCACUUUUUCUCUCUGUCCCUCUAUCUCUUCCUCCUCUUGUGCUUCUCUCUUUUGUCCCUCAUCCGUCCUCCUUCUACCUUGGCUUAUUCCUUAUAUAGAGAUUCUCUAAUUUCUCGGAACUUUGACAUUGAAACACACACACACACACACACACACACACACACACACACACACACACAA